AUGUCCAAGAAGCUGACAGACGAAGAGCUCCUCGCUCAGUUCGAGGACAUUCCCUCGGCCGACAGCACGACACCUUCAUCAACCAAAGGCGCGUCUGGAGCAGCCGACGAUGACGACCCGCUAGCAGAGCUCAGUGCCCUGGCAGCUGCUCGCCCUGUCUCCCGUCCAGAAACCCCACGCCUAUCCACGACCUCUACAGCCUCGGGAACAAAGUCAAAACCCGAACACACGCCUCAGAGCUCUGGUCCACCUAGCGGCCGCACCAGCGAAGACCGUUCCAAGACACGCCAAAGCACCGAAAGCGCUCGCAACUAUCAUCAAAGCCAGACACCCAAUGACCCUCCUCGCCAACAGGAAGAAAGACAGCAAGGGCAAAAGGCACAAACCGGUGGUUGGGGCUUUGGCGGCUGGGGAGCCACCGUCUUCAGCGCCGCCAGUGCAGCCGUCAAGCAAGCAGAAGCCGCCGUCAAGGAGGUGCGCGGCAAUCCUGAAGUCCUCAAGUACGCCGAGCAGCUGCGUCACAAUGUCAAUGUCGAGAGCUUGAAGGCAUACGGCGGCAAUGUUCGCAACAUGGCUCUGCCCACCUUCACCUCACUGCUUGAGACCAUCGCUCCUCCCAUCGCUCAGCACGAGCGCCUGAUCAUCCACACCACACACGAUCUACAAGCAUACCCGUCCCUGGAUCCCAUCAUCUACCAAGUCUUUUCGCGCGUCAUGCAACAAGUCGAAGGCGGCGACCUGCUCGUCAUCCAACGUGGUUCAGAAUCUCGCCAACGAGACCGCAGCACCUCUGACGUUGCCUACCGCGGCAACCUCCUCGGAUCAGGAAGUGGUGCAUGGACCGAUGGCCCUUGGUGGCGCGAACACUCGACUCAGCGCAGUCUAGGUGCCGUCAAAGGUUUGACCGAAGGCACCAAGCUCUGCCGCGCCAACGCCGAAGCCUACGCAACAGACUUCUUCUCCUCAUGCGGCGGCAUCGAAGAAGUCGCAAAGCAAGCCACACAAACACUAUCAGAGUCGAAUCCCGUACGCAGCUCUGACAUUUUCCUCGCCAUCCAACCCCUCACUCAAGCUUCUGCCAAAGAACUCUUCGCAGCAGGCCCCUCGCCCGAUCAAUCCAAGAGUGACGUCGUGGAACCAGAGGCAGCAGACGAGGAAACGACUCUCUUCGCCAUCUAUCUUCACGAUCCCAUCCACUCCCUCUCCUUCUCCUCUCUAUCUCAAUCUUUCCCCGCUCAGUGGGCACAAUGGCUCGAUGCCUCAUCACCCAACCCUGAAGACCCCGAAACCCUCCCUGACAGCAUCCGCGAUAUUGUCGAGUCUGGAGGUAUUGAUCCUCGCGAGUGGGUCUCGGAGUGGAUCCAGGAUACUCUGAACCUAGCCAUUGGUGUUGUAGCUCAGAGGUAUGUUGCUAAGAGAAUGGGCGUCGGUGAAGGCGGCAUUGGAAAGGGUAAACAGAGACAGAGAGCCGAAGAGACGGAUGCUGCUGGUGAGGCUGCCAGAGCUAUUUGA